CACUACUACGCCUGCGCGAGACGGCGAGGGGCGUGACCCCGGGCCCGGACCGGAAGCGGGAGGCUGGAGGGGCGGGCCGGCUGGUGUCCCCUUUCCGGCCGGUCCCCAUGGAGGCGCUGGGGAAGCUGAAGCAGUUCGAUGCCUACCCUAAGACUCUGGAGGACUUCCGGGUCAAGACCUGCGGGGGUGCCACGGUGACCAUCGUCAGUGGCCUUCUCAUGCUCCUGCUCUUCCUAUCGGAGUUGCAGUAUUAUCUCACUACCGAGGUGCAUCCCGAGCUCUACGUGGACAAGUCUCGGGGAGAUAAACUGAAGAUCAACAUCGAUGUUCUUUUCCCGCACAUGCCUUGUGCCUACUUGAGCAUCGAUGCCAUGGAUGUGGCUGGGGAGCAGCAGCUGGAUGUGGAACACAACCUGUUCAAGAAACGACUAGACAAGGAUGGUGUCCCCGUGAGCUCAGAGGCCGAACGGCACGAGCUUGGGAAAGUUGAGGUGACAGUGUUUGACCCCAACUCACUGGACCCCAAUCGCUGUGAGAGCUGCUACGGCGCUGAGUCCGAAGAUAUCAAGUGCUGUAACAGUUGUGAAGAUGUGAGGGAGGCCUACCGCCGUCGAGGCUGGGCCUUCAAGAACCCCGACACCAUUGAGCAGUGUCGGCGAGAGGGCUUCAGCCAGAAGAUGCAGGAGCAGAAGAAUGAAGGCUGCCAGGUGUAUGGCUUCUUGGAGGUCAACAAGGUGGCUGGAAACUUCCACUUUGCCCCUGGGAAGAGCUUCCAACAGUCUCAUGUGCAUGUCCAUGCUGUGGAGAUUCAUGACUUGCAGAGCUUUGGCCUUGACAAUAUCAACAUGACCCACUACAUCAAGCACCUGUCAUUCGGGGAGGACUAUCCAGGAAUCGUGAACCCCCUGGACCACACCAACGUGACUGCACCCCAAGCCUCCAUGAUGUUCCAGUACUUUGUGAAGGUGGUGCCCACAGUGUACAUGAAAGUGGACGGGGAGGUGCUGAGGACGAACCAGUUCUCCGUGACCAGGCACGAGAAGGUUGCCAAUGGACUGCUGGGUGACCAGGGCCUGCCAGGGGUCUUUGUGCUGUAUGAGCUCUCACCAAUGAUGGUGAAGCUGACAGAGAAACACAGGUCCUUCACCCACUUCCUGACAGGUGUGUGCGCCAUCAUUGGGGGCAUGUUUACAGUGGCUGGCCUCAUUGACUCGCUCAUCUACCACUCCGCUCGGGCCAUCCAGAAGAAAAUUGACCUAGGGAAGACAACGUAGCUCUCUCCCUUCCCCAUGGCUCGUCCUGCCCUCUCCUCCCCUGCCAACCUGUCAACUACCCAUAUACUCUCCUCAGCCCGCCCAGCCCAGCCCUGGCGAUAAAUAUGAAUUGUGAUAGGAA